AUCUCUCUCUCUUUCUUUCCCCCUCUCUCUCCCUCUCUCUCUCUCUCUGCGCAUGCGUGGACGGAGUUUGUGAGCGUGUACCGAAGAUUUUUCUGGACUUCUUUUAGAAAAGCGAAGAGAGAUUCCUCCUGUAGACAAUGGUGAGACCAUGGAAAGGUUUUAAUCCAGCAGCUCUGCCAGGAGUACACUGCCAACGUCACAAGGGACAUCACCAAGUCAUUAAGAGAGCUGGAGAUAGAUAUAGUGGAACUCCAGGCUUUAACUGAGUCCACAGGAAACAGGACAUUUUGAAAACCUCAUAGUAAAAAAAAGCAUUGAUGGCGGAUAUAUUGGGCACAAAAGCACAAGGAGCUCUCGUUCCUUCACGUUUUAAAGGAAUCAAUGAAAUAGAUUAUAACCUCACGGUUAUACUUCGGACUGGAGAAAAAGAAUGGACAGAGCAGAUUCAUGCACAAACUGUGCACAAAGGAUGGGCAACAAAUAACACACAGUAAUGACAUCAGAUGGUAUGCCACAAACUUCUACAGCGAUCUGUAUGAGAGUGUAUACUGUGACAAUGAAGAGCUGUUAGAGAGCUUUCACAGAGGACAGUGCUGCACUGGAAGGCCCACUGGUUCUGGAAGAGCUGCAAGCCGGCUUGAACACCAUGGCGGGUGGAAAAGCACCUGGAAUAGACGGCCUACCAGCAGAAUUCUAUAAAUUCUUCUGGCAGGAACUGGGAGAAGAUCUGCUGGAGGUUCAUACCAAAAGCUGUGAAGAAAUGUGUCUAUCCCUGAGCAGCCGGAGAGCGGUAAUCACACUUCUCCCCAAGACAGGGGAUCUACAGGACAUUAAGAGCUGGCAUCCCAAUAUCACUGCUCUGCACAGACUACAAGAUAAUGUCCAAAGUGCUGGCUAACCGUCUCAGAGAUGCCAUGGACUCUAUAAUACACGUUGACCAAACAUACUGUGUGCCUAAUAGAUCUAUAAUUGAUAACGUUUUUUUUAAUUCGGGACAUUUUGAACGUCUCCAGCUCAUUGACAAUUGACCUUGGUCUACUUUCACUGGAUCAGGAAAAAGCUUUUGACCGGGUUGAGCACAAAUACCUCUGGUCUUAUAGCAAUGAUAAAGGUGAUGUACCAGGAUUUUGAAAGUGUACACAAGAACAACGGAGUGUUAAGCGCUCCCUUUAAUGUAAAGUUCUUUACCAGUCUCUCUCACUCGCUCUCUCUCUCUCUGUCUCUCUCGCUCUCUCUCUCGAUCUCUCUCUCUGUCUCUCUCUCUCUCUCGUCCUUAAUCAAUAGGGAAUUGAGAGCAAAGUUCACGCAGUUGCUUUGUGCAAAAGUUUGUUACAUGGACUUCAUUUCUUCAUUUUAACACAAGCGUUGUAAGGUAAAAGAUCUACAGUAUGACUUGCAGUGUUGCUGUGAUUGGAGGAGGAACCUCUGGAUUGACCUGCAUAAAGUGCUGUUUGGAUGAAGGUCUGAAGCCAGUGUGCUUUGAGAGCAGUGAUGACAUUGGAGGACUGUGGAGGUUUAAGGAGACCCCAGAGGCCGAACACUCCAGUAUAUACAAGUCACUCGUCGUAAAUACCUCAAAGGAGAUGAUGUGCUUUAGUGAUUUCCCCAUGCCAGCACACUAUCCGAACUACAUGCACCACUCCAUGCUGAUGAACUAUUUACGGCUGUAUGCCGAGCACUUUGACCUGCUCAAGUACAUUCGUUUCCAGACAACAGUGCUCAGUGUCAGACAGAGGCAUGACUUCUCUGCCACAGGUCAGUGGGAGGUGGAAACUGAGAACAGAAAUGGACACAAAGAAACACAGGUGUUUGAUGGAGUGCUUGUGUGUUCAGGGAGCUUCACACACCCUGUUACACCCCUCUCAGCAUUUCCUGGAAUAGAUACGUUUCCUGGAAAGUGCUCUCACAGCUGGGAAUAUAAGGACUCGCAUUCAUUCCAUGGGAAGAGAGUGGUGGUUAUUGGCAUUGGUAACUCUGGUGGGGACAUCGCUGUGGAGAUCAGCAGAGUAGCAGAAAAAACUUUUCUAAGCAUGCGUGAGGGAGCAUGGGUUGUGGGCCGUAUGUCUAGCGGUGGUCUGCCUUUGGACAUAAAAGUGGUAACACGACUGAACACCCUUCUGAUGCAAGUGUUUCCUCAAGCUUUGCUCAACUGGGCAGUGGAGAGAUCUUACAAUCAGAAAUAUAACCACAGGCUGUACGGACUGAAGCCCAGCCACAGGAUACUCAGCCAACGUCCCGUCAUUAAUGAUGACCUGCCAGUACGCAUCCUUCAGGGGGCACUGCAGGUGAAACCAAACGUGCGAGAGAUCAGAGGCUCGACUGUUGUGUUUGAUAACGAGGCAGUUGAAGAGGGGAUAGAUGCACUUGUCUUCUGUACAGGAUACAAGGCAAGCUUCCCAUUUUUACCGCCAUCAAAGUACAGCGACCCUGUAGGGAAAGUGAGCCUCUACAAAAAAGUCUUUCCUCUGUCCCUUGAGCACCCCACGCUGGCCUUUAUAGGAUUAAUCAGUGCAACGGGACCGCUAAUGCCUGUAAUGGAAAUGCAGGCACGAUGGGCCGCUCGAGUCUUUGCAGGAUUAAAACCACUUCCUUCUGUAUCAAUAAUGCACAAGAUCACAGAGAAAGACCAAAAGGCAAAUAUGAAAAGAUACUCUUGUCCAAAUAAAGCUGCUGUUGAGGUGGACUAUAUCCCUUACAUGGAUUCUAUUGCACAGGAAGUCGGUGUGCAUCCCAACCUCUUGUGGUUGUUCCUGACAGAUCCUGGUUUGGGUUUUAGGGUUUUCUUCGGCCCCUGUACCCCGUACCAGUUUCGGCUGAGUGGGCCAGGUCGGUGGGACGGGGCUCGUCAGGCCAUUCUCACCCAGUGGGAGCGUGUAACCCAGCCUUUCAAGACACGCCCCGUUCCAGAGACCAAAACAUCUACACUACGCUACUCACUGGGUCUGGCAGGAGGAGUGAUGCUAAUUUUUGCUCUUAUUGAAAUGCAAAAAAGAAAUAAGCUUUUCUACAGUAUAUGAUUACAUACAGUAUAGUAUGGUCUUCUUAGUUUGCUCUAGAGAUUUACAUUUAAGUAGAGUCAUGUCUACUCAGUAAUUGUCACUUGAAAUGGUAUUUCUGCACAAUUAAAAAUCAUGGGAAUGAUUUAGUAAUCUGUAUUUACAGUAUAGCACGUGUCUAUUGAUGAACUGCAGGUUUUUAGUCUUCCCACAUGUUGGAUUGGGGAUCGGGGUUUGACUGAUCAUUUUAAAACAUUCAGAUGUUGUAGCUGUGCUGACAUUGGUACAUCACCAAAAUAAGAUGAUGGCCUGGACUGAUAAAAUGUACAUAACCACAGAUGGACUACAGCAAUCAAAGAAAACUAUCUACAGUAUUAACAGAUCUUAUUUAAAAUGGCCAGUGUGUGUAGAAUCUAGCUACUGUAUGUAGCUACCACUUAUGUGGCCACAAUUACAACACAAUAUCCACAAAGUGUAAAUUGUGAAGCUUAUAUUUUUAUAUUUAUAUAUGCACUGUGCUUUAUUUUAAAUAUUGUGUUUUUGAUGAAAAGAAUCUAGUAAAAUGGUCAGCUUACUCUUUGGCCUAGUCACUACACGGUACACUAUUGCCGUCUUACACAGAAAUUGUACAUUAUCACAGCAGACUUAUCUUCUCAGAUACACUUGUUAUAAAAAUCAGAUACUAAAAUCUGACAAGCAUUGCUUCAGAGAAAAUCUAGAUGAAAGGGCACUCUAGAAGUAUUCAAGCUAGAAUGACAUACAAGUGAAUGAAGAAGAACGGAAUAUGAAUGUAAUGAGGGCUUGGGUUAAAAGCAGGCAAUAUUAAAAUAUUAAAGGUAACUUAAAGAACAAAGGUAGCUGAAAGAAAGGCAUGUUUUGUAGUUAAUAACCAUGACUCCUGACUAGGUUUUGGUGUGUUAUACAUGUACUAUGCAUAGGGUCUUAAAUUAACUUUGACCCCUGUUUUUGUGUUGUUCUGUACUGAUCAAGAUCACUAUUCAUUGGUAUGUGAAAUAAAUCUAAA